AUGGACAGUCUCUUGUUGUGUCAUUGUCUUCCAGCUGAGGUGAAAAGUCCCCCAGAGGUGAUGCUGCAUUUGUUACGCCGUCCUCUCCAGAGGAGGAUUUUCUCUACUCAAUGGCGGUGUCCGCGGUUGUUCUGCUCCACCAAGGCUCACUCGCUCCAGGGCGAGGACUCCACCGAGACUCGCCUGAACCCCCUUAACAUCCAGAUGCUGUCCAGAAAUCUUCAUGAGCAGAUCUUUAACGGGGUGGAGCCGGAGUACAGCGAGGAGGCGGUGGAGCGCAGCGUCAGGCACUUACAGAAGCACAAGCUGUGGGGGAAAGAGACUUCCCUCCUGCCUGAUGUCGAGCUUAAGCUUCCCCAACUAUACGGCAAGAACAUUGAUGAGCACUUUCGCGUGUUAGCCGAGAAGCAGAGCCUCCCCUACCUCGAAGCUGCCGCCGAGCUGCUUCAGGCGGAGCUACCACCUAUGCCUCAGGCGUGGAGCUGGGAGGUUGGUUGGACCCGCUAUGGGCCGAAUGGGGAGAGUCAGAAAGUUGAUUUUCCGCUAGAGCGUGCUUUAGUCUUUGACGUGGAGGUGUGCAUAACAGAGGGACAGUGCCCCACGCUGGCUGUUGCUCUGUCCCCCACCAACUGGAUGCGGCUGCUGUCUUUGGACAGGUACUCCUGGUGCAGUAAGCGCCUGAUUGAGGAGCGAUACUCCUGGUCAAGCCAGUUGACUCUAGCUGACCUGAUUCCACUUGAAACAACACUAAACUCUGCCCGUCCUCCUGGUGGUCAGUGGAAGGAGAGGCUCAUAGUGGGCCACAACGUGAGCUUUGACAGAUCUUACAUUAAGGAGCAGUACCUGCUAAAGGGUUCAAAGGCACGCUUCAUGGACACUAUGAGCCUUCACAUGGCCAUCUCUGGGCUGACAGGGUUCCAGAGAACACUGUGGAUGGCCAACAAGCUGGGUAAGAAAAGGGGUCUUCAGGAGGUGAAGGAGCACAUCAAGAGAGCUGGACAGAGGAAAGACCGCCCAUCGAUUGGCUCUUGGGACUGGGUGAACAUUAGCAGCAUUAACAAUCUGGUCGACGUCCACGCUCUGUAUGUGGGGGGGGGCGCCCCUCCAGAAAGAAGCCAGAGACAUCUUUGUGAAGGGAAGCAUGACGGAUGUGAGGAACAACUUCCAGGUCAGAUUGAGCUGAUGCAGUACUGCGCUCUUGAUGUUCAGGCCACACAUCAAGUCUUCCUGGAACAGCUUCCACUCUUCAUGGAGAGGUGCCCUCAUCCAGUGACGUUUGCAGGGAUGCUGGAGAUGGGUGCCAGCUACCUUCCUGUCAAUCAGAACUGGGAUAGAUACUUAGAAGAUUCUCAGGAUGUUUACGAGGAGCUCCAGAGAGAGAUGAAGAAGUCUCUGAUGACUCUAGCAGACGACGCCUGCCAGCUCUUGCAGGAUGAAAAAUACAAAGAGGACCCUUGGCUUUGGGAUCUCGAGUGGGAUGUGCAGGAGUUCAAGCAAAAGAAAGUGGCAACCAGUAAGAAGAAGAAAGCCGAGAAAGUAGCUGAAAAGCAAAAGCCCACCCCUCUUCCUGACAGCGAUGAUGACCCAGGUCCACCAUCCGAGGAGGAGAUGGCAGGGCCUUGCCCCAAAAGACUGGCUGUUGAAAAACUGAAGGAAACGGUGAACCGACUUCCUAAAAGAAGGCAGCAUCUGCCUGGACAUCCAGGGUGGUACCGUAAACUGUGUGAGAAGAUGUCUGAGGAUGCAAGCUGGUCGCCAGGAGCCAGUCUCAUCAGUCUCCAAAUGAGGCUGACGCCCAAGCUGAUGGGUCUGACGUGGGAUGGCUUCCCUCUGCAUUACACGGAGAAACAUGGAUGGGGCUAUCUGGUACCUGGACGAAGGGAUAAUCUAGACUCUCAGGACGAGGACACGGGACCCGUGUGCCCACACAGAGCUAUAGAGAGUGUUUACAAAGAGUAUUGUGAGCAGAACAGCAAGAUGCAGCCUGAGUGUCUGGACUCCAGCCCAUCAGAUGACCUCAUGUGGACUGACAGCGCAGUGUGGACAAAGGUGGAGGAGUUGGGUUCCUUGGAAGGUCUGUUGGAGGAAAACAAUAUGAAAAUGGUAAAGAAGGCGUCAAGAGAAAAGGGGGAUCCACAUUUUGCACAAGAGGGGAGCCACUGUGCUUAUCACCAUGGAAACGGCCCUUACAAUGAUGUAGAUAUUCCAGGUUGCUGGUUUUUCAAACUGCCCCAUAAGGAUGGUAAUCAAAACAAUGUCGGCAGUCCUUUUUCAAAGGACUUUUUGCCUAAGAUGGAGGAUGGUACUCUUAGGGCAGGAAGAGGUGGAACGAACGCAACCCGAGCUCUGGAGAUAAACAAAAUGAUGUCCUUCUGGAGGAAUGCCCACAAACGUAUUAGCUCUCAGAUGGUCGUGUGGCAUAGAAAGGGAGAGCUUCCUCGGACUGUCAGCAGACAUAAAGACUUUGAUGAGGACGGCCGGUAUGGCGCCAUACUACCUCAGGUAGUCACCGCUGGGACAGUAACUCGGAGAGCCGUGGAGCCAACAUGGCUGACUGCCAGUAACGCUCGGAGGGAUCGGGUAGGCAGCGAACUGAAGGCUAUGGUGCAGGUACCACCUGGGUAUCACCUGGUGGGAGCAGAUGUCGACUCUCAGGAGUUAUGGAUAGCUGCCAUACUUGGAGAGGCUCACUUCACCAGCAUGCAUGGCUGUACGGCCUUCGGCUGGAUGACCCUACAGGGAAAGAAGAGUCAGGGUACCGACCUGCACAGCCGCACUGCAGACACUGUGGGCAUCAGCCGAGAGCACGCAAAGGUCUUCAAUUAUGGCCGCAUUUAUGGGGCAGGACAGCCCUUUGCCGAGAGGCUGCUGAUGCAGUUCAACCACCGCCUGGAUCAGGCUGAAGCUUCCAGUAAGGCUAGGCAGAUGUAUGCCUCCACUAAGGGCAUAAGGAGGUACAGUUUGUCUGAAGAGGGUGAAUGGCUGGUCAGUGAACUUGGUAUAGAUGUGGAGAGGGAAGAGGACGGAAGUGUGUCACUGCAGGAACUGAGGAGGAUCUCUCGACUGGCCUCACAGUGCUCUCGGCGAAAGAGGUGGGAUAUUGUUGGCAAGCGUAUGUGGGCAGGAGGAACCGAGUCGGCCAUGUUCAAUAAGCUGGAGUGUAUCGCUCAUUCAGCCCAGCCGGCCACUCCCGUCCUAGGCUGCAGAAUUAGUAGAGCACUGGAGCCUACGGCGGUAAAAGAUGAGUUCAUUACCAGCAGAGUAAACUGGGUGGUUCAGAGCUCAGCGGUGGACUACCUGCAUCUCAUGCUGGUGGCCAUGAAGUGGCUUUUUGAAGAGCACGACAUCGAUGGCCGUUUCUGCAUCAGCAUCCACGAUGAGGUGAGGUACCUCAUCCGGAGCGAGGACCGUUACCGGGCAGCGCUGGCGCUUCAAAUCACAAACCUGCUGACAAGGAGUGUGUUCGCACAUGCUCUGGGCAUGAAGGACCUUCCCCAGUCUGUAGCAUUUUUCAGUGCAGUCGAUAUUGACCAGUGUCUGAGGAAAGAGGUCGUCAUGGACUGUGCGACUCCCUCCAACCCCACAGGUCUGGAACGAAGAUAUGGGAUCCCGCCUGGUGAGGCCUUGGACAUUUACCAAAUCAUCAACAUUACUAAAGGUUCUAUGAGCAAAGGAAAGUAG